AUGGCAGCUCCUCAGACUACACUCGGUGCGGACCUCGAACCACCCACCACUGACCUUAUCACCCUCACUCGACAUAUCCUGUCGAGACAACGGGCAUUGGGUGAGGAGGCUUCCGGUGAUCUCACCAUGCUUCUGAUUGCUAUCCAGGUAACUUCCAAAUAUAUCGCAUCAAAUGUACGAAAAGCCAGACUUAUCAACCUAGUUGGUCUUGCCGGUGCAUCCAACGUUCAAGGUGAAGAUCAAAAGAAACUCGAUGUCUUGUCAAAUGAUAUCAUGGUGAACGCCCUUUCAGCUUCCGGCAAAUGUAGUGUGAUGGUUUCAGAGGAAGUUGAUGAGGCUAUUAUCGUCGGUGGAUCAAAAGGUACUUACGCCGUCGUUUUCGAUCCCCUUGAUGGUUCUUCCAACAUCGAUGCGGGUGUUAAUGUCGGUACCAUCUUCGGUGUCUACAAGGUCUCAGACCCAUCUAAAGCUUCUGUCGCCGACGUUUUGAAACCAGGCAGAGACCUCGUAGCGGCCGGUUACACAAUGUACGGUUCGUCAUGUAACCUUGUACUUUCCACUGGACAAGGUGUCGAUGGAUUCACUCUUGAUGAGGCAUUGGGAGAGUUCAUCCUCACCCACCCAGAUAUCAAGAUCCCCUCUCGAGGUAAAAUCUAUUCAUUCAACGAAGGAAACUCGCUCCACUUCUACGAACCUACGAACAAGUACUUGGAAAGUAUCAAAUACCCUUCGAACGGUAAACCCUACUCGGCUAGAUAUAUCGGUUCGAUGGUCGCAGACGUUCACAGAACGUUAUUGUACGGUGGUAUCUUUGGUUACCCAGAUGAUAAGAAGAGUAAAGAUGGUAAAUUGAGAAUGCUCUACGAAGCUUUCCCAAUGUCGUUCCUUACCGAACAAGCUGGCGGAGUAGCUACAACCGGAACUCAAAGAAUUUUGGAUGUCGUUCCUAAGAAUAUCCACGGUAGAUGUCCUGUCUUCCUGGGUUCGAAGGAUGAUGUAGAGGAUUUGAAGAAGUUCUACGCGGCUUGGGACGGUGAGAAGAGAUGGUAA